CUCGAAACUAAAAUUCACCCCCUAACGGUGCAAAAGGCACCCUUCGUAGCUUCGGUGCAAAGGCGCCCUCGUAGCCGUAGCGCGUAGCGUCCUUGCGAGGCGCGUGCGUGCGUCAGUCGGCCGCAGCCGCGCGACGCCGCACCACGCCCGGCAUGCUACGCGCCCGGCGCUGCCAACCUCACAGAAUCACCACACAACACCGCGCGCCCCUGUGCCGACGGCGGCAUGUUGGGCGCGCGGCUGAAGUCCUGGAUGGAAGCGCAGCUGGGGCGCGCCAAGAAGCGCAAGCAGAAACAGCGGCUCCCCGCCACCACCGGCCCGCUGCCGCCGCCCCACCUCUCCUCCCCCGAGAGCGCCUACAGCACCGGGUACUCCACCGAUGGCACGUCGCCCGGCGCGCCGCCCGCUACGCUCGCCGCUCCGCUUGUCGCUCCGCCGCCGCCGCCUGCACCGCCGACUACACACCUUUACCAUGAGCCAGCUAAGCGUCGAUCGAGCGUGGGAGUCCGUCGGCCGGUGCCCGAGCCGCCCGUGGUGUGCAUGACCCCGUCGCCCCGGCCUCGCUGUCGGAUCCGCACCAACCCCUGGCUGGGGGCCACGUCUCCCAACCCCCGGCGGCGACCCCCACACCUUCUACAUCAGCAGUCGCUCCAGUGCCCGCAGCAGGCGCCUCAGUUACACCACGCGCCGUACUCUUUGGACUCCCAUCCUGCUAAGUUUAGCAACAGGUCACCGCACCUGUCGCCCCACUUGUCACCACAGCCUCGCUCUCCGUACUACCGCGAGGGAGCGAGCAGCGACGAGGAGUGCAGGGGCAUGCGCACGAGGGGGAGAGAGACGGCUAUACUGUCGGAUGCCGAUAUAGAUUCUGACGGGGAUACAGGGCUGGAUGGUGGGGAUGAGGACGAGCCUGAUGAGACUGCAUCGCCGGGACGAAGACGGGCGAGGAGAAGGCGGCCGCCUCGACGACCACCGCGAUCAGCUGGAGCAACACCACCACGAGCUCGACGCCGGCACGCUCCAUCAGCGCCGCCGGUCCGCGAGCGCGACCCGUUAUUGGAGGCCGACCGCGAGGCCGAACGCAAGUACCGCGAGCUCAUCCGCGAGGCCGAAAAGCUGCUAGUCACCGUGUCGCGGGCUCCGAUCGAGCCACCGCACAAUCCUAGAGUUCGUGAGCUUAGGGCUACGGAGGUGGAAGCCCCCCGCCGCAGCCCCGAGCGCACGCACCUGACCAACUUCAUGCGCGCCAACUCGCCCGAGCCGCGGCGCCAGCCCCUCACCCCCGCGCGCCGCUCCCCGCUCGCCGCGCCGCCCCCGCCCCCGCCGCCGCCCCCCCGGCCCCGCGCCGCGCCCGGCCCCGACCGACCUCACUCCGAGCCGCCGAAGAGGAAGGCCUACCAGAGGGAUGAGGUCCUCCAAACACUAGAAGGCCUGCGCAAGAGUCUCCAGCAACAAUCAGCCCUACUGGCUGUACAGCGCACCCGCCUCGACUCUCUAUAGCCUGCAACGGCUGUAUGUUAACGUUUCUUCCCGUCCCUGCCAAACCUAUUGUAGACCUCUGUGUAGCCAUGUAGCCAAAUAGGCCGUUUACUUGUAACAUUCAACUUUAAAAUAGGUUCUUUUAUGAAAGCGUGUUAAGUUUGAUGUCAAUUCAGUGGAAUACUUUUCAAAGAUGGAGUAAAGUUUAUAGCCACGGAUCAAGAAUGCUUUGUCUUCCCAGUGGGAGAUACUUAAGGUCAGGGCCGGAUUUCCACCUAUUAGGCUCACAAGGCCCAGGUCUAAGGGCCCAGGCAACCUAGCGAUGGUUUUGAGGUGGAGAAUCCUCCCCCGCUCCCCUAAAUUAACUCCCUUGAAUUCCUAGUGGAGAAAGUGCCUAGGAGCCUUAGGUCUCUCAAUCCGGGCCUGCUUAAGGUUUGAUCGCUGCCUAGGUACUCUUACAUCAUCAGGCCAGGCCAGGCCAGGGUGUGUUGGCACCGCCUGUGCAGCUUACUGGAUGAUGAUUAACUACCUGGGAGUAUCUUGUGAUAUACACUUUGGCACUUUUGUAACUAGAAUGAACACGAACCGUACAUUCCAUUGUAAAAGGGUAAGAUAUCUUGGAGAUAUCAUAACUAUGCACAAACGUUCCAACCCACAAGGAGAUCCUUGGAACGUUUGUGCAUAACUAAGUCCUCUUAAUUAUGAUUAUAGAAUCCUCAUAUUGCCAAAAAGACAAUGUAAACGGCCAGUAGUCUUCUAUAUUUGUUUUCUAGUCCCUCCUCGUUUUCUAGUGUAGAUCUUUAGGCUAGUAAGUGUUGUAGUCACUUUGUUAUCGUUUCGUAUAGGCGAGGCCAUUUAACUAUCUUCCAAUAAUAAUUGUAGCAUUUCUAUUAGGUAGCAUAGAUUAGAUGAAAUAGAUGGCGGUUUGUAGUAAAAACUAGAAGAGAUAUUUAAAAAUAAAAAAAACUUGCUAGUCAGCUACAGAAAAAAUACUUUACCUAGAGACUUUAGACCUUUGAAAGGCAAAUCACUUUGUUUAUUGACCGCUUUGAAUAAACU